AUGACCUAUAAGGCCACUCUAAGCCUGGUUUCUAAACAGCAAAGAUUUUCUCCUAACUUCAAGUGUCAAAAUCAGAAGAAUCUGGUAGCUGUGGUGGGAGGAUGCACCUCUGAAAUCUCUGCCAACGUGGCCAUCAUUUCAGCCAUCCACAAGACACCACAGAUGGUCCCCAAUGAAGCCCAGCAGCACAAAGGACUUGUCCAGUUACUUCAGCAUUUCAGAUGGACAUGGGUUGGGCUUUUUGCCGUGGAUGAUGACAAAGGGAAUAGGUUUCUACAGACAAUAGUGCCAAUGCUUACCCAGAAUGGCAUCUGCUAUGAUUUCAUACUAAACAUACCAAAAUGGAGUUAUAUGGAUGAGAUGAUAGACUGGCUUUUUAAGCACUUGGAUGCCUAUCUCAUUAUGUUUGAAAGAAAGGUCAAUGUAUUUUUUGUUUAUGGGGAACCUCCAUCCUUUCAAGUUCUAAGAAUGAUGUUGUUUCUAGCACCCUUUGCGCGUUUGCCCCCUCUGGGUAAAGUGUGGAUUAUUACAUCCCAUUGGGAUUUUGCAUCACACUCUAUUCAAAAGAUUUGGGAUUUACAAACCUUCCAUGGUUCCAUAUCCAUCACGGUCCACUCAAAUCAGCCAUUGGGAUUCCAAAAUUUCCUUCAGAUGCUAAAUCCUUCAUGGGCCCAAGGAGAUGGUUUUAUCCAGGACUUUUGGGAACAGGCAUUCAGUUGUUCAUUACAAAUUUCUGAUGUGCAACAUCAGGAAAGCAAAUACUGCUCUGGAGGAGAAAAGCUGGAGAGUCUUCCUGGGACCUUGUUUGAAAUGAAAAUGACUGGCCACAGCUACAAUGUCUACAAUGCUGUCUAUGCAGUGGCUCAUGCUUUGCAAGCCAUUUACAAAUCCAGUUCCAAAAAUAGAAGGUCAGGAGAACGACAGGAACAGUUUCUUCAGAAUGUGCAACCAUGGCAGGUGCUUCCCCUUUCUGUGUGCAAUGACUGCUGCUAUCCUGGCUACAGCAGGAAAAAGAAGGAAGGAGAGAAAUUUUGCUGUUAUGAUUGUGCUCAAUGUCCAGAAGGGAGGAUCUCUCAGUAUAAAGAUGCGGAUGCCUGUGUCAGAUGUCCAGAAGAUGAGUAUCCCAACCAUGACCAAACCCAAUGCAUUCCCAAGGUCCUAAGCUACCUCUCUUAUGAAGAAGAUUUAGGGCUCAUGUUAGUUAUCUUGACUAUUUCUUUCUCUCUGAUCACAACAUUGGUACUUGGGACUUUUAUGAAGCACAAUAACACUCCCAUAGUCAAAGCCAACAAUCAGACUCUCACCUACAUCCUCCUCCUCUCCCUCCUGUUUUGUUUCCUCUGCUCCUUUCUCUUCAUUGGACAGCCUGGAAAGGUGACCUGCCUUCUCCGACAAAUCACUUUCAGCAUCAUCUUUUCUGUGGCCCUUUCCAGUGUUUUGGCAAAAACCAUUACUGUGCUUCUGGCAUUCAUGGCAACCAAACCGGGAUCCAGGAUAAGGAAGUGGAUAGGGAAAAGGCUGGCAAAUUCUAUUGUCUUUUUCUGCUCCUUUAUUCAGGUUUCCCUUGGUACUCUUUGGUUAAGUACAUCUCCUCCAUUCCCAGAUACGGAUAUGCACUCACUGCAUGGGGAAAUCAUACUUGAAUGUAAUGAGGGUUCAGUUGCCAUGUUUUAUGGUGUCUUAGUCUAUAUGGGUUUGCUGGCCACUGUCAGCUUCAUCUUAGCUUUCCUUGCCAGGAAGUUACCGGACAGUUUCAAUGAGGCCAAAUUUAUCACUUUCAGCUUGCUGGUGUUUUGUAGUGUUUGGUUGUCCUUUGUUCCCACCUAUCUGAGCACCAAAGGAAAAUAUAUGGUAGCUGUGGAGAUCUUUUCCAUCUUGUCCUCUGGUGCUGGGUUACUGGGUUGUAUCUUUUCCCCUAAAUGCUACAUUCUUAUAUUCAGAACUGACCUGAACACCAGGGAACAACUAAUCGGCCAAAAAAGUAAAAGAACAUGA